CCCCUACUCCUUUAAAUCUCAAAUUCCAACACGUAAAAGGAAAGGUUUUUCUUUGAUUUUAUUUUAAUAAUUGUUUUGGGGUUUUUUAUAGUUUUUUUUUCCUUUAAUCGAUUUUACUUGACAAAGGGUUCUCUUUGCGGGGCAUGUGAUCGGCGAGGGUUUGAUUCUCACUCACUCACUCACUCAUUACAAUCUGGUUUUUCAUUUAUUGAGCUUGAUUUUUCUAUAUCCAAGCUUUUCUUUUUAUGAGUAUUAUAUAAAUUUAUAUUUAAUCGGUUGGUGGAUAUGGUACUUUCGGAGAAGGAUGAAACAGUAGUGGCUUUUAAUGGGUUAUUUUAAUUUUGUGUUUUAUUUUCCUAAAAUGCCUAAUGAAAUAAAAUCAAAAAUCUUUUGUUUUCUCUCUCUCUCUCUCUCUCUCUAAGGUCGAUUAUUGGUGCUUAUGAUUAGGUGUGUGAACUGUGAAGGUUGUUUAUGUCGAUAUUCAGUAACUUAAUAAGAAGGGAUUUGUGGGUUUGUUGAAUUUUUUACCGAUUUAAGGGAUAUUUUUUAACAUUGGUUUAAUAGAGGCCGUGGUGGGUCUGCUUCAAGUACCGGCUUUGAUAGAUUACUCUUUUGAUGAAGGUCUGAAAACUUGCUGCUACUGACGACUUUGAUAAUUGGUAAUAAGUGAAGAGAGAGAGAGACUGAAAUGGGAAAUGGGAAACACUUGCCAUCUUUACUGGGGCUAAGUUUGAUUGUGUUUUUUGUGAAUGGUGGGACUUGUUAGGUACCGGAGUGAGAAAGUAAUGGGUGAGAUAUCUAUAACCCAUUUUGUGGACCUUGGGAUUUAUGUAACCAGCUUUUCUAGUAUUUGGCCAUCAUCAAGCAAAGAGGUGUUUUUGUAGGGUUAUCUUUUAGUUUGGUGAAUUCUCUUCUGAAGGGUUUCUUACAACUUUCGAUUCUGAGAGCAUUUUUACAAGGAUGGUUAAGGCAAUAUUUAUGAGCUUCCGAGUAAUACUUCUUCCAAUGGGAUGCUUUGUUGAUCUAUUUUCUUAGUGCAAUUUUUGAUCUUUGUCUCCAUAGCUUGAGCUGUGAAUUUGGGCAGAUCUGAGCUGGUAUUUGGUGUUUGCCUCCCAUUUAUGUUUUUCCUCUGAACCAGAGAUGGCCAUCGAUUCCAUAUUGUGAAUUUGAAGUGGGUGAAAUCAAUUUAUCCAAGUUCUGUUAUCAGCGAUGGAGUGGAAUUCAAAACCUUCCUUGCUGUGGGACUUGGAGAACCUUUUUGAAUUCGAUGCAAAGGCAACUGAAAAUCCGAAGAAGCUACAAUUAACUGACUGUGAUAUCGAAGGAGAUAGAGGAAUUAGCUCUGGAUCUCUCCAUUCACCUGGGGAGGGUGGGGGGAGUGCAGGUUCUGGCUCUGAUUUGGGGCAUGCUUCAUCAAGGAGCUCUAUUUCAGCUUCCAUCAAUUCUUCUUCAAUUGGGGAAAGCAAGACAUCCAAAUUCACUCUUGAUGGUUUUGAACCUUUUUCAAAGGAGUUGAUGAGUAAAAAUGAAGCAAACAAAGCUCAACAAUAUGGAUCUUCUCCAACACCUGACAUUUCUGCUGGUUCUGGUGAACCGUUGCUCAGUCUAAAGUUGGGCAAGAGAAUGUACUUUAAAGAUAUAUGUUCAGAAAAUAAUGCCAAGAACUCUUCUAAUUCUGUAGUGUCGAUGUCAUCUGCCACAACGGUGAAGAGAAACAAGUCCAGUUGCCAGGGUAACCUUUCCCCACCACGCUGCCAAGUUGAAGGCUGUAACCUGGAUCUCUCAUCAGCCAAAGAUUACCAUAGAAAGCAUAGAAUUUGUGAAAACCAUUCCAAAUCUCCUAGGGUUAUAGUAGGUGGUGUGGAACGCCGGUUUUGUCAGCAGUGUAGCAGGUUCCAUGGUCUGUCUGAAUUUGAUGAGAAAAAGAGAAGCUGUCGCAGGCGUCUUUCUGAUCACAAUGCAAGGCGUCGUAAGCCUCAGCCAGAAGCCGUCCGGUUAAAUCCAGCAAGACUUUCUUCACUGUAUGAUGAGACACAGAAGAUGAGUCUUGUGUUUGACCAAACCCAGCGGCUCUAUUCGAGGCAUGCAAAUUUAACAUGGGAUAGCCAUGAUAGCUCCAAGUUCGGGCACACAAGGGAGUAUUUGUCGAGGCCUGCAAAAACAGGAGCCGCGGCUGGACAGCUUCAUUUGUCCAACAAUGAUCAAAUGUCUAACAGCAUUACCAUGCUUUAUCAAGAUCCCAAUGGACUAACACCGAAUAAAGGCACUGUACCUGAGGUUCACCACCCAGGCUUUGAAGAAACUGCGGUAUCUUCUGACGUAAACACAUCUCAGGAUCUUCAUCGUGCUCUCUCUCUUCUGUCAACUAGUUCGUGGGGUUCACGCGAGACAAAACCUGUUUCUCUUGAUACUCUCAACAACUCUACAAACAAUAGCAGCAUGGUUCAAACUGCAGUGCAUCCAAUUUGCCAAGGCUUACCUAUGGCUUCAGAGUACUGGCAAACUCAACACCAACAACCCACCAUUGAUGCUGCAUCAUCACCUCUCUCCCAUCAUCAGCGCAGUAAUGGCAGCAGCCAGUUUCAAGAUCUCCAUUUAUUCAAGUCUCCCACUGAGUCUGGAUUUUAUUCCUACCAGUUUAAUUAAAUGACUACUCUCUCUUCACCUAUCAAAACUUUCAAGUGGUGUUUUUCGUUUGUAGUCUAAUAAGGGCAAAUAUUUUACAUGCUUUAUUCCUGCCGUACAUAUCCAAACUCUUUUCCCCCCUCUUCGCCUUUGAAAUAUGCAGAAGACGGUUCUGUGGCUUUUGUUGGAUUACAUUUAAGUUCUCGACCGUACAAUAGUUGUAGCAUUUAGCAUGCUCAUUAAUGUCGCGAGCUAUUUUACCAGCCACGAGCCUAUUUAUUUUGUCAUUGCUUUUAUGUACUAGGGCCAAAUAGGUGAACAUGACUUUUCACUGCCUAUGUUGCCAAAUUUAACAUUAUAGUUGUUGAGGUUAUCAAUGUCAACUGUUCAUCGUUGCUGCUC